AUGUGUCCGAUGGGUCACUCGAAGUCGACCUCAGGCUGCCUGGUCCCGACGCGAGCCCCAGAACACUUCCGGCUCGAGGAAAUGCAGCUACAAUUGGCGGCGCUUGUAGUCGAUAAGGACAAGGCAGCGCGCGACAAUGCCACUCUCGUCGCAGAGAAUAUGGACAAGCGCGGACGAGCUAAGAGAAGUGCGGUGCUCACCAUUCCGGAUAGCAACGAGGCGAGAGAGCUAGGCAAGAAGCUCGCAAUCAUGUGCGAAGCUUGGUCCGACUCAACCACUCUCUUGAAGCCGCGCCCCGACCUUGAUCCUGACUCCGAGGAGCGCUAUGUGUCUUUCGAGACAUACAAACUUGGGAUCACCUCCGCCAUCUACGAUUUCAUACCUGCGAAGUAUCACUCCUUCCUCCAGGCACGAAGUGACUGGUGCAGCUUGUUGCGCAGAAAGCAGGGAGAGGGUCGGGCAGACGCCCUCAAGUACAUCAAACGGGCGGCUCCUCAAAUCUUCAAGGACUACGGAAUACCCGCGAGGGACUGGACAUCCCCGACAACCCGCGCCGACUCCACAAUCAUUCAGUCCCUCCUCAAGUUUCCGGGUGACAAGGAAUACCCCGAAGUCCCGCCUCUCGUUUACCCAGAUCUCGUUUCGAACCCAAGGAAGGUGUUCUGCAAUCCUAUCCUUGGCCGGAUUUUGCGAGUCAUCCUCUUCGGUAUAGCCUCGCUUGAUAAGGCAACGGUGCAGACAUCGACGCUGGGGAAAAUGUGGGGUAUCAACGAGCUUACGCCCGGGUCUCUGGCAUUUGCGGUGAUUGCGGCUAUCUAUGUCUUGUCUCCUGACUCAUCGUUGAACGAAACGGGCCUCGUGAGCCUGAUUCCUUACCGCAAAAUCUACUACAAGAUCAAGGGUACUCUAGUGCUACACCCCGACUCCCCCCCCAUUCGCAAAGCAUUUCGUCUACAUGCAGUAACCGUUUUCGAAGGAAUCACCCACUCGAGCACGGUGGGAUCCGGUACGACAGCGCCAGCGGAGUCUCAACACGGUGUCCACUCUCUUCGUGACGCCCUCCGCGAUAUCGAAAGCUCGGACGACGAACCUUACGAUUACGAUGGCAGCCAGAACCCCAAUGAUCCAUAUCCCGAGCCCCCGAGACCGCCGGCAGCUGAAUACGAAACGUUCAAUCUUGACAAUGUUAUCGACAGUGACAUAGAUGAUUCCGACCCGACGCCCGCAGCUGCAGACAAUGGGGCGCCUCCAAUUGAACCCUUCAUCGAUAACCCUCAGCUCAAGGUAGCCUCUGCGAACUUGUCAGCCACCAGGCGAGGUGGAAAGAAGGUGGCACGCGCAGGGCGAGGCCGAGGCAAGGGAGCUGCAACACAGGGCAAUGAGGAGCCAGCAGCUGCGCCGCAACCCCGCCGUGUAAGUCACCGUACGCGCUCGUAG